AUGAUGCGCCCAACGGGCAUCGCCUCGGCCCUUCGAGUCAUGGUCCCCGUCAAGCGCACAAUCGACUACGCAGUCAAGAUCCGCGUCGCUUCAGACGGCAAGGGGGUUGACACCAAUGUCAAGCAUGCCAUGAACCCCUUUGAUGAGAUUGCCGUUGAGGAGGCAGUCAGAUUGAGGGAGAAGCACAAGGGAGCCAUCUCCAAGAUCACGGCCGUAUCAGCCGGCCCCGCAAAGACGGCCGACGUCCUCCGUACAGCCCUUGCCAUGGGCGCAGACGACGCCAUUCACGUUGAGAUCCCGGACAACUCCCUUGGUGGCCCCCUCGAGCCGCUGGGCGUCUCCAAGAUCCUGCGCGAAGUAAUCAAGAAGGCCAACGAAGAAGAGGAGGUCGGUCUCGUCAUCAUGGGCAAGCAGGCAAUUGACGACGAUGCCUCUCAGACUGGUCAGAUGCUCGCAGCGCAGCUUGACUGGCCACAGGCCACUUUUGCAUCCAAGCUCGAGUUUACGAGCGGAAAGUUGGAGAAGGGCGAGGAGGUCCAAGUCACUCGCGAAGUGGAUGGUGGACUUGCUGUCGUCAAGACGAAGCUGCCCUUUGUCAUGACGACCGACCUGCGUCUCAACGAGCCGCGCUACGCCUCUCUGCCGAACAUCAUGAAGGCCAAGAAGAAGCCCUUCAAGAAAUACAGCCUCAAGGACUUGGGCCUCGAAGAUGACGCCAAGCCGAGGUUGGAGGUACUCAAGGUCGCUGAGCCGCCCAAGAGGGAGGGAGGCGCCAAGGUCGAGGAUGUGGAUGCUCUCAUCUCGAAGCUCAAGGAGCUCGGCAGGAUCGACUGA